AAUCUGAACACGCUGUGUAAGUGUUUUUGGGGUAAAUUAAUUAUCCCGUAGUCACCAGAGUUCAUUCUUAUAUAUAUUUUUAGGCAAAUUUUCCUGCCUGUCUCUGAGCUGUCAUUGGCUGACUCGCCAGAGUCAGAUUCUACCACAGAAUUAUCAGAUUGAAAAAUCAGGCAACAGAGAGACAGAAAGACAGAAAAAGACGACAUGGUUUUGUAGUCUGUAGAAUUUGAAGGAAGGAUAUAGGACUCCAGGACAGAGCAAGACGAAAAGAAAAAGUUACAAGAAUUCGUUUAAACACCAAGAAUCUCACUAAGACCAUUCUUUGAACACUGAAAGGGAAAUUACAAAUUCCGGGACAGCAUCACCAUGCCGCGUUCAUUCCUGGUCAAGAGUAAGAAAGCGCACACUUACAACAUGCACCGGUUUGAGAAGGAUGAUCCGGUUACAACACUGGAGCCGACAACUGUGCCUGACAGCAAGGCUUUGCCACCGUCACCCCCAGAGAAGGACACGCCCCCUGUCCACGGUCAGUGCCUGGAGUACCCUUGCAUUAAUCAAGAGUGGAGUCCCAAAGGGGGGGUGACAGUGGAAGAGCACCCCAGCAAGGGGCUCCCCCCUCAUCGCAGUCCAGUGCCUCCCAUGCAGGAGCUGCCCUCCCCUCCUUACUACAAACCCUCGUUCCCCUGGGACUCUCUGCACGCUGCCUAUGAUUUCCGCCAGCUCUCCUGCAACUUCCAGUCCAGCCUCCUACAGAGAGCCAGCAGCCUGUAUGGGACCCACAUGAAGGGGACCCCUGAACCCCAGCAGCCCCUCGAUUACAGCACCCACUACUCCCCCAGCUCCGACACCUACCACUGCAUCACCUGCAACAAGGUGUUCUCCACUCCACAUGGGCUGGAGGUCCAUGUGCGCCGGUCACACAGCGGCUCCAGACCCUUCGGCUGCAGCAUCUGCAGGAAGACCUUCGGCCAUGCCGUCAGCCUGGAGCAGCACAUGAACGUCCACUCCCAGGAGAGGAGCUUCGAGUGUAAGAUGUGUGGAAAAACCUUCAAGCGCUCGUCCACGCUGUCCACUCACCUCCUGAUCCACUCGGACACGCGGCCCUACCCCUGCCAGUACUGCGGCAAGCGCUUCCACCAGAAAUCCGACAUGAAGAAGCACACCUACAUCCACACGGGAGAGAAGCCCCACAAGUGUCAGGUGUGUGGGAAAUCGUUCAGCCAGAGCUCCAACCUGAUCACACACAGCCGCAAGCACACCGGCUUCAAGCCCUUCGGCUGUGAGCUCUGUGGGAAGGGCUUCCAGCGCAAAGUGGACCUGCGGAGGCACCACGAGAGCCAGCAUGGCCUCAAGUGAGCCGAGCGACCGGCAGUGUAGCGCCACUAGCCCGUCCGAGCCAACCUCCAUGAGUGCCUCUAGAGAGGGCUGUUUACCGGCUCUUCAGACCACAUCCGCUGUGAACCUUCGAUAGGCUGAACAGAACAGGAUCUCGACUCUUCAGUGGUUAUCUGCACUGUUUACUAUGGGAUGGAAAUAAGACUCCCCUUGUAUAGCAGGUUUCAUCCCUGGUUUUACUAGGAGUUUACUAGGAGUUUAA